AUGGUAGUAGUUCCUUCUCCGCUUUUAUUCCUCUUCUUUCUUGUCAACUUAGCCUGCUCUGACAACACCCAAUUCAUCUUUCAAGGGUUUAAAGGCGCUUCCAUUAAAAAUUUGAGCCUCAAUGGUGCUUCCUUCAUCACCUCAACUGGUGCACUUCAGCUUACUAAUUCCUCCAAAAACCUCAUUGGCCGGGCGUUCUACUCAUUGCCUCUGCACAUGUUCAAGGCCAAUUCACAAACUGUUUCCUCAUUUACCACCACUUUUGUUUUUGUCACUGUUCCCCUAGACCCUGAAAAUGGUGGCGGUCAUGGACUGGCCUUCACUCUAGCUCCUUCCAAGCAUCUUCCAGGAGCUCGAUCCGGGCAAUAUCUAGGGGUUUUGGGUCCAGGAAACAAUGGUAACUCCUCAAAUCAUGUUUUUGCAGUUGAGUUCGACACUGUUAGAGGCAGCACUAUCUUCAACGACAUUGAUGCCAAUCAUGUUGGCAUCGACAUCAACAGCAUGAAUUCUACAGCAUCAAAGACAGCUUCUUAUUAUGCCAAUCACACCCACCCUAAAGAACCACUUAAAUUGGAGAGUGGGACUCCAAUUCAGGCAUGGAUAGAGUAUGAUGCAACAAAGAAGAGUGUUAAUGUGACUAUAUCGCCUUUGUUUGUGCCUAAACCAGUUAGGCCACUCUUGUCCACCCGAGUUGAUUUAUCUCAUAUUCUCAAGGAAACCAUGUAUGUAGGCUUCUCUUCAGCUACAGGCAAGCUCUCCAGCUCACAUUACAUCCUGGGGUGGAGUUUUCGGAUGAAUGAAGUGGCGGUUCCACUCAAUCCUUCACGGCUUCCUUCAUUUCUAAGAGCAAAGAAAUCAGAAAAGGUAAGAAAGAAGGCUAUUGGGAUAGGAGCAGGAUGUUCAGCUACAACAGUUCCCUUGCUUAUGAUUGUUGUGUGCAUCUACUUGUGUUGUUUGCAGAGGUUGAAGUAUAAGGAUGUUGUAGAGGAUUGGGAACUGCAGUGCUCUCAUAGGUUCCCAUACAAAGACUUGUUUAUAGCCACCAAAGGUUUCAAGGACAGCGAGAUCCUUGGGUCAGGAGGAUUUGGUUGUGUGUACAAGGGAGUGUUACCUGCAACCAUAGAGGAAGUCGCGGUUAAGAAAAUCUCUCACAAUUCCAGACAAGGGAUCAGGGAGUUCAUGAUGGAGAUAGCAAGCUUAGGACGCAUGAGACACAAGCAUCUAGUACAUCUCCGUGGAUGGUGCAAGCACAAAGACGAACUCCUCCUAGUUUAUGACUUGAUGCCCAAUGGAAGCCUUGGGGACAUUCUCUUCAAUCACAAAAAGUCGGGGAUUCUCAAUUGGGAGCAGCGAUUCAGGAUCUUGAAAGGCGUUGCUUCUGCACUAUUAUAUCUUCAUGAAGAAUGGGAGCAAGUGGUUGUCCAUAGAGAUGUGAAGGCCAACAAUGUGUUAGUUGAUGCAGAUAUGAACGCAAGACUGGGGGAUUUCGGGCUUGCCAGGUUGUAUGAUCAUGGGAAGGAAGCCUGCACCACACAUAUAGUAGGCACAUUAGGAUACAUGGCACCAGAAUUAUCACGAACAGGAAAGGCCACAACUCAUUGCGACGUAUUUUCUUAUGGUGCAAUGCUCCUCGAAGUAGCUUGUGGCAGGCCACCAAUUGACCCAAAUGCCUCAUCCAAUCAGGUAUUGCUGUCGGACUGGGUAAGGGAGCGCUGGGUAGCAGGCUGUAUUAUUGAGGCAGCCGAUCCCAAGCUUGACAAUGAAUAUGUAAGUGAGGAGAUGGAACUAGUCAUGAAGCUGGGGCUCAUUUGUUGUCAAAAGAUGCCAGAAGCGAGGCCAACUAUGAGGCAGGUGACCUGUUACCUAGAUGGAAGUGAUAAUCUCCCUAGUGACAUUUCGCCAGAAUAUCUCAAUGUGAAUGAGAAUAAAUUGUAUGCAGACUUAUGUUCAUCAUCUCUGGGUGGCACCAUGGGAGGUGGCGUGAUCAGUUCCGGUUCACUGAAAGACGGCAGAUAUUAA